GUCACGCCGCUGAAGUGGAGUAGGGUCGAGCGCGGAACGCUAGGAGCUGCUGGGGUGUCUGUCGCAGCGGGUUUUCUGGGUAGUUUGCGGAGCUUCUAGGAUGGAGCCGGCUCCGGAGGGAGCGAGUGUGACCGCAGUUCCUGUGUCAGCUGCCGACAGCACUGUGGAGUUGGCCAAAGUCGAAGAAGGAGUUGGAGUAGUCGGUGAGAAUGACGCAGCCGCGAGAGGAGCGGAGGCCGUUGGCGACAGUGAGGAGGACGGGGAGGAUGUGUUCGAAGUGGAGAAGAUCUUGGACAUGAAGACGGAGGGGGGUAAAGUUCUUUACAAAGUUCGCUGGAAAGGCUAUGCAUCAGAUGACGACACCUGGGAGCCUGAGAUUCACCUGGAGGACUGUAAAGAAGUGCUUCUUGAAUUUAGGAAGAAGAUUGCAGAGAACAAAGCCAAAGCAGUUAGGAAGGAUAUUCAGAAACUAUCCUUAAAUAAUGACAUAUUUGAGGCAAACUCUGAUAGCGAUCAGCAAAGUGAGACAAAAGAAGAUACUUCCCCAAAGAAGAAAAAGAAAAAAUUAAGGCAGAGAGAAGAGAAAAGCCCAGAUGAUCUGAAAAAGAAAAAGGCAAAGGCCGGAAAACUAAAAGACAAGUCCAAACCAGACCUGGAGAGCUCCUUGGAAAGUUUAGUUUUUGAUUUAAGGACAAAGAAAAGAAUUUCGGAAGCCAGAGAAGAACUAAAGGAGUCCAAAAAGCCCAAAAAAGAUGAAGUAAAAGAAACAAAGGAAUUAAAGAAAGUUAAAAAGGGCGAAAUAAGAGAUUUAAAGAUGAAAACAAGAGAAGAUCCCAAAGAAAAUAGAAAAACAAAAAAAGAAAAAUGGGUCGAAUCCCAGGUGGAACCCGAAUCAAGUGUACUUAAUGAUUUGCCCUUUACAGAGGAUGACAGUGAAGGGCUACUUUCUGAAAGCAGAGAAGAGAGACAAAAAACUAAAAGUGCAAGAGAGAAAGCAGGGCAGGACGCAGGGCUGGAGCACAGCUUUGGAAAGCCCCUGGAUGAUGCCUUGAGUGCUGAGGAGGAAACCGAUGUCAGAGGCAGGAGGAAAAAGAAGACCCCAAGAAAGUCUGAGGACACUAGAGAGAGCAGGAAGCUAGAGAACAAGAACACUUUCUUAGAGAAAAAAACUGUGCCUAAAAAGCAGAGGAAUCAAGACAGAGGAAAAAGUGCCGCAGAGUUAGAGAAACUGACACCUGUGUCUGCCCAAACUCCAAAGGGUUGGAGGUUGAGCGGGGAGGAGAGAAGCCUCCGGUCCACUGACUCAGCCGAGGAGGACAAAGAGACCAAAAAAAAUGAACCCAAAGAAAAAUAUCAGAAAAGGCAUGAUUCCGACAAGGAAGAAAAAGGGCGAAAAGAGCUGAAAGGAUUAAAGACACUUAAGGAAAUAAGAAGUGCAUUUGAUUUGUUGAAAUUAACACCAGAAGAAAAAAAUGAUGUUUCUGAGAAUAAUCGAAAAAGAGAAGAAAUGCCACUGGAUUUUAAAACCAUAGACGAUCACAAAACCAAGGAAAACAAACAGUCACUUAAAGAAAGGAGAAACACCAGAGACGAAACGGAUACUUGGGCAUACAUUGCUGCGGAAGGUGAUCAGGAUGUUUUAGACAGUGCGUGCCAAGCAGAUGAGAAAUCGGAUGGCAGGCAGCAGAUUCUGAGUUUGGGUAUGGACCUGCAGUUGGAAUGGAUGAAGUUAGAAGAUUUCCAAAAGCACCUUGAUGGGGAAGAUGAGAAUUUUGCUGCAGCAGAUGCAAUUCCAAGUAAUGUGUUAAGGGAUGCUGUGAAAAAUGGGGAUUAUAUUACUGUAAAAGUUGCACUUAAUUCAAAUGAAGAAUAUAACCUGGACCAAGAGGAUUCCAGUGGGAUGACACUGGUGAUGCUUGCUGCUGCGGGAGGGCAGGAUGACCUCCUGCGACUCCUCAUCACGAAAGGCGCAAAAGUGAACGGUCGGCAGAAGAACGGGACCACCGCCCUCAUUCAUGCUGCAGAGAAGAACUUUUUAACUACAGUGGCUAUUCUUUUGGAAGCAGGAGCUUUUGUAAAUGUCCAGCAAAGCAAUGGUGAGACUGCGCUGAUGAAGGCCUGUAAAAGAGGAAAUUCAGACAUCGUACGACUCGUAAUUGAAUGUGGAGCUGACUGCAACAUUUUGUCAAAGCACCAAAACAGUGCCCUGCACUUUGCGAAGCAGUCUAACAACGUGCUUGUGUACGACUUGCUGAAGAGCCAUUUAGAGACACUUUCCAGAGUAGCAGAAGAGACAAUAAAGGAUUACUUUGAAGCUCGCCUUGCUCUGCUAGAACCCGUUUUUCCAAUUGCAUGCCAUCGACUCUGUGAGGGGCCAGAUUUUUCAACAGAUUUCAAUUACAAACCCCCACAGAACAUAGCAGAAGGCUCUGGCAUCCUGCUGUUUAUCUUCCAUGCAAACUUUUUGGGUAAAGAAGUUAUUGCGCGGCUCUGUGGACCAUGCAGUGUACAAGCUGUAGUUCUGAAUGAUAAAUUUCAACUUCCUGUUUUUCUGGACAGUCAUUUUGUUUACUCAUUCAGCCCUAUUGCAGGUCCCAAUAAGCUCUUCAUAAGGUUGACGGAAGCACCCUCUGCCAAGGUGAAAAUCCUUUCUCCAUAUUUAGUGUCACUACUCAAGUUGUUACUCCAGAUUACUGUGUCAUCAUUAGAAAAGAAUUCCAAGAAUCCUGGUGUGCCUGUCCUAGAGACAGGCACUUCCUUGAGCAGUGAUGCUUGGUGCACCCCCUCAGUCUACUCUGUGUUAGACAUGAUAAUGUGGCAGGAAAACGACUAGGCUGCAGCUGAGAAGAACGCUCUCUAGAGGAUGCAGCCAUCUGAAUCACGUUCUAGGCCUUGGUAUGGAAUUGCCAAAUGUGUUAUCUUUAGGGCGGUCCCAAAUCUCUUGUGUGAAAGGAAGCUGGACAAAAUAGUCUGUCUAAUAAAACAGUAAUAUAAAAUUAUAAGCACUUGGAAUUAUUUCUUGAAUUAAAAUGGCAAUGAUCUAACAGUGUAAACUGAUGAUAAGCAACCUGAAAAUAUUGCCAAAUAAUAGAAGCAAACCUCGGAUAUGUGUGGGUUUUCUUCUGGAUCUAUACUGACACCUGCAUUCUUUUCUUUCAACAGGUUAAGUUGCUAAUAGGUGCAUAUAGAGUGCAGCUGCAGUGACCAAACGGAAGGGAUUGGGUGGAGUUCUCUGCAGACCGAUUCCUGUACUCUCUUUGACAGCAGUUUGGAAUUCCAGCACAUCCAUGUAAAGUUUUGUCUAAACUUCUUGCAAGCAAGCCUGUUGUCUGUUGUAGUCUGUAAGAUGCGACAUAGCUGUGUCUCUGCCAGGGUGCUGGAAUCU